UUGAUUGUAUACCCACUGGAUGUGAUCAGCACGAUUAUUUAUUGUGGUAGGUUUGUGUUUAAGUGCACUCGAGAGCACCGACGGCGUUACAGUGCUAAUGAGCAGAACGGUGUGGUGCUGAUGACAUGUAACCGCUGUGACACUGCUGUAUGUGCGCCACUGCAUGUUCAUAAGCAGGUUACAGAAACCCACUGCGGUGUAUUAAAACAAUAUCUGCUCUGACACCAUCGGUGAGCGCUUGAUUGAUGCUUCUCCAUCUCUGAAUGAAGUCCUGCUCACACAGAGCCGAGCAGAGGCGAGAGGACGCGGCUGCCAUUGAAGACACUGAGGAGACUAAAAUGGGAAAACAUCACUGGAGCCCUGUCAGUGAAGUGACAGACACAAAGGCGACUGACAACCGACAGCCAUUCGAAAAGAGCCGAACGAAUGCUUCGUUUUCAAUGAUCGUCACACGGUAAAUGUCUUCCAUUCAUUGGUAAUAUUUGCACCGUAGAGAAACCAGCGCCACUUUUAGCGCGCGGUUAACAAUGGAAUUAUGACAGCGGUGAUUUCCAGCUGUUCAUUGUUCGCAUAAAAGGUAGAUGCAUAUAAUUUGGCCCGUGCUUACCAACAGUGACUCGAGAAAAGGUGUGAAGAGUGACAAUACAGCUGUCAGACCUUCAGGCUGGUGUUGGUGAUAUCCGAAAGGCUCCUAAUGCGUUAUCUCCCACCUUGUCUCUGUCACCAUGCCCACCUUUCCACCUCUGGGCAGUAACUCCAGCACAGUGCCCUGGGACCCCGGCGCACCUUCUCUGGUGAACAGCACGGUGAAGAUGGUGCUCAUAUCGGCGAUCGUAUGCACGUCGCUUUUUGGAAAUGUUGUGGUGCUGCUGGUAUUCCAGCGUAAGCCUCAACUUCUCCACGUCGCCAACCGUUUUGUGCUUAACCUGCUCCUGGCUGACCUACUGCAGACGGUGUUGGUCAUGCCCUUCGCCAUCGCCGCCACCGUGCCUGAGGUAUGGCCGCUGGACUCCCGACUCUGCCAGGCCCUUGUGGUGCUCAUGCACCUGUUUGCAUUCGCCGGUGUCAACACCAUCAUUGUGGUAUCCGUAGAUCGCUAUUUGGCCAUCAUCCACCCAUUGUCCUACCCCACACGAAUGACACCUCACCUGGGUACCAACCUGAUCGCUCUCACAUGGCUUCUUAGUGUACUUCAGAGCACUCCGCCACUUUAUGGAUGGGGAACCAUCGAAUUUGACCGGCGCCACAAUGCCUGCACUGUUGUGUGGUCCUCAAGCUACUCGUAUUCAGCCUUGGUGUCCGCGCUUUCAUUCUGGCUGCCUGUGGUGAUCAUGCUUUGCUGUUAUUGGAUGGUAUUCAGGGCUGCGAGACGGCAGAACGCCCUCGUUCACCCCAUCCAAUCCAACCCCCCUCCAGAUUCCCAAGCAUCCUGUUCCAGCCCCCAAAGGCAUCCCCAACCGGAAGGCCCUUUUUCAGCCUCUUAUCCCAUCAGGACCCGCCAUAGACGCUUCCACUAUCACUGUAAGGCGGCGCGGGUUGUGUUCGUCAUCAUGGCGUCCUACGUGCUCAGCAUGGGCCCAUACAGCGUACUAAGCACGAUAUCUAUUUACUCUAGUGCAGCGGUGCCACCCUGGUUGGCCUCGAUGGCACUCAUUCUCUUCUUCCUGCAGUGCUGCUUACACCCCUACAUCUACGGCUACAUGCACCGCAGCGUGCGCAAGGAGUUCCUGGCGCUGCUCUGUGGGCCGCUGUGUGGGCAAGGCCGGAUCAGUCAGGGCUCCGCCAUGGACAGUUGCUUCACGGUAACGGAUGGACGCCUGGCACACACCCAUCUCUCAAGCCAGGCUGCCCGAGUGUGUCCUCUCCGAACCUGGGAGGAAGGCACUACAUCUUCUUCUCCUACAGAGAGGAGGUCCAAAGACAGCCGUAAGGAAACCACCUCAAUCAGUCUGAGCUCAGAGAAGGAGCUCACUGUACACAGCAACAUCAACAAACAACCUGAGGAAACACCUACAGGCAAAUUCUGAACAUAUUUCUGUCAGUGUUGGGGUAUAUACAUCUCUUUUGGUUUCUAUUUAGGGCACAGUUUGGUACUUUUGAAUCAAAUACUGUGCCUUUAAACACAAGCUCACUGAAUACACUGUAACCACACUCUCAGACAAAAAGGUACAAAAACUGUCACUGGGGCAAUAUCCUUUUAAAAGGUACUAAUAUGUGCCAUUUAGUUACUAAUAUGUACGUGGUAAUAUGUAUCUUUAAGAUACAAGUAUGUGACCCUGGCCUGGACCAUAAGGGUCAAUUUUUUAAUAUUGAGAUUUGAAAUCUGAAAUCUUUUGAUAAUGACUAAAUAAGCUUUCCAUUGAUGUAUGGUUUGUUAGGAUAGGACAAUAUUUGGCUGAGAGACAACUAUUUGAAAAUCUGGAAUCUGAGGGUGCAAAAAAAAAAAAAAAAAUUUAAAAUAUUAAAAUAAAAUUGGAUUUAAAGUUGUCCAAAUGAAGUUCUUAGCAAUGCAUAUUACUAAUCAAAAAUUAAGUUUUGAUAUAUUUACGGUAGGAAAUUUACUAAAUAUAUUCAUGGAACAUGAUCUUUACUUAAUAUCCUAAUGAUUUUUGGCAUAAAAGAAAAAUCGAUAAUUUUGACCCUUACAGUGUAUUUUUGGCUAUUGCUAUAAAUAUACCCGUGCUACUUAUGAGUGGUUUCGUGGUCCAGGGUCACAUAUGUAGCCUUUAGGGGUAAAAAUGGUCCAAAAUGUCCCUUCUUAAAAGGUAUCACCCCAGUGGCAGCUUAUGUACCUUUUUUUUUUUUUCUGAGAAUGCAUAUUUGUUCUGCUAUAUGUAACCAUAUGUGUUCCUAGCUGUGCUAUGGACGCACUUUAUGGUUAGUAUUUACAAAAAUAACAUUGACAACAACAACAACAACAGAAAAGCCUAGCAAGCAUAGUUUCUUGGCUGGAUAAUAGACUGUUUAAAGUAUCUUUUAGUCAAGAGUUACAUUUAUUCAUUUUAUUCAACAUAUGUUUUAAAGAAAUUAAUACUUGUAUUCAGCAAAGAUGCAUUCAAUUGCAUUAAAAUGCAUUGAAAUCAUGAAGUUCACAAAAAUAUUAAGCAGCUUAAUUGUUUUCAAUAUUGAUAUUAAGAAGUGUUUCUUAAGCAUCAAAUCAGCAUAUGAACAAUUUCUGAAGGAUCAUGUGACACUGAAGACUGGAGUAAUGGCUGCUAAAAAUUCAACUUUUCCAUCACAGAAUAAAUAUAAUUUUAAAAUAUAUUCAAAUAGAAAAGAGGUAUUUAAAUUGUAAUGUUUCAUAACAUUACUGUUGCUGUAUUCUUGAUCAAAUAAAUGCAGCCAUGAUGAGCAUAAGAGACUUGAAAAACAAUUUAAAAAAUGUAUCAACCUUAAACUUUUGAAUGGUAGUGUUUACUCUGUGAAUGGGAAAGUGGUUGAAAAUACACCAUCAGUUGCAGUAUUUGUCUUGCUAGACUAGAAAUAAGGUCUGAAUAAUCAUUUAAUACACAAGGCUUGACAUGUAAUAUCUUUUUAUGUGUGGUUUAAAAUAUAAAAUAUUGUAGACAUAGUACAAAGUGCUCCAUCAAAUACAGAAUAUUGAUUUUCUUUUAGUGUUUUAAUAUAAUAUUUACAAUAUUAGGUAGUAAAAUGUUGGGAAAAUAUUUUUUGAGACAGCAUAUAGUAGUGUAUAAUAUGUCUAACAAAAUGAAUGUUCUUUGUAUACAUCCAUGUCAAAUGUAUUGCUACUUUACAAUUUAAAGAAAGUAUUACUUGCAUUGUUUUAAAAUGAAUUUAGAAUAUGUGGAGAGAUUUUGGUCUAUUUUUCUAAGCAUACAUAUCAACUUUGUUAUACAAUUGAAUCAUUGUCACUGGAAUCAAAGUUCUCUUACAGAAACAGUGUAAAUGUAAGAGAAAUUUCAAGCAAAAGGAAGCUAAAUUGAAAAAAAACAAAAACAUUCUAUUUAUUUAUUGUUCAUGCACCAGUAAUACUUAAGCGAUGAAUCACAUCAGCAUUAGGGUAUGGGUCACUGUAUUUCUGUUUGUAUUUAAAAGAUGUGUAAUGUGGAGGGGUUUCAGUGUUUUGAAGAGGGUGAGUCACAUGAAAACUGUCAAGAUCAUGUCUGUUUAUAUUUCACCCCAAAAUGAGAGAGAAAAAAAAAAAUUAAGCCUUCUUUUCGGACCAUUAAUGUUUUUGAAUUGUUCCCACCCAUCCAAAUAUUUCUCAUUACCUUAAUGUAAAAAAAAAAAAAAGAAGUAAAUAUUAAUUCAAUUUUAAGUAUUUAUAUUUCAUGGUAGUAUUUGUUGAACUGCCAUUGAUUUAUUUUAAAAAAAUUUGUGUGUGUGUUUAGGAAAUGUGACCUGGACAUGCUUUCGUGAGAUUCACCCAAGAGCAGCUAAUGAGUUUAGGAUCUCAGGGUAUUUAUGAUGUACCUCUUGACUGGUGUGGAGAGUUCGCUCUCUUUAAGAGUGCCUCCCUAGAUAAAUUGUACAUCAUCUCUGUGUCAUACGAGAUGUUCAAUCCCCUCACACUGCCAAACUGACAUGAUGACAUGAUCAAACAAGCAGGCUUCGAAACUGCUGAAGCACUUUAUGUUAUGUAGUUCAACCACUGCAUUAAGGCAGGAAUGUUAACCGCUCUUGAGCACUUAGCUUGACCCUGUAGAAAAUUGGACUGCUAGUACUUCAAUAUUAAUUUCUGGCUGAGGUGUUUAGAAGUCAGCUGAAUCAAUCAUGAGUCAAACCUGCAAUUUCCUCUGCUAUAGCAAGAACUGAAGUGAGUGAGGCAAUAUCACAGAUAUUAUCAACUGUACACCUGUUUCCAGCAAUG